AUGGCAAGCGGCUAUGCUUUCAAGGCUCCUCUGGGGUCGCUGAUGCUGUCACCGGCGAAAAUACAAUAUGCUCGUUGCGAUCAUUUUGUGCCUAACAAGCCGUACAAUCUUCUGCCUAGGGACAAGGACUUCGAGCCAAAGGCCAAAGAUCGAGGUGCUCCGGUGGUUUGUGCGUUGGACCAGCUUCCUCUGGAACUUCUUGAAAACGUUUUCAUGCACCUAGACCUCGUCAGUCUGGCUGCGGCGAGAGGAGUGAGCCCGGUCAUUAGGGAGUUUAUUGACAACUUGCCAGUCUGGAAGCAUCUGAACAAGCAUGCGAAAGACAUCCUGGAAAUCAUUCAUGCGACCAAGGCUUGUGCUUUCAUCACUUUGAAUGAUCUUCUGAUGGAAUUGCACCAGCCAUACUGUCGAAACUGCGGCAAGAUAGGCCCCUUUUUAUUCUUGCCUACCUGUUCGCGGUGCUGUUUUGAUUGUCUCCAAGACAAUCCUCAAUUCACCUUGAUGCCGCUGUUCCACGCGGAGAUCAAUUAUGCGUUGAGCCGUCAGUCGAUUAAUGCGCUUCCCAAACUGCGAUCUCUGACCGGGGAGUAUGACAUUGCAACCACAAGAGUGACUUGGGAUAAGUGGAUGGUGAGCUAUCAGGCAGUGCUCAAAGCAGCAACGCAGGAGCACGGAUCUGUUGCCAAAGCCAUCCAAGCCAGUGAAGUGCAACGUCAGGAUAGAGAGAAGGCCUACCACGAUGCGAUCGCUAAAUGGGUCACUAAAAUGGCGGAAAGGAGAGACGAGAUCGCUUCUAACUAUCCUUUUGCGCUAUCUGGUAGUCCGCCUUCGCUUCACAAGCCCCGUCGCCCCCGUGGCUCUGGGGUCCAGCCACUCCGUCCGGAGGAUUUCAGAAGAUGGCGCUUCAUGGGCGUGGCUGAGCUUCCAUACUACAACGUCAAGAGCAAAUCCGUCGAGGUGCCCAUGUACUGCUUUGCCUGCAAUUUUCACCUCAAGCCCACCAUCAACUUCUGUCCCCAUCUGAGACGCUUCUAUGAGGCCUUCCUACCCUCUCAGGUCCCUGGACACUUUGCAAAGUGUAUUAGUGCGAAGUCUAUCCUUGGAAACGACAAUGCAAAGAGAGAAAACUUGCGUGAAGCGAUCAAGAACUACGUGGAAUACAAGUCCUGGGGCGGUAUUCCCUCCAGUCACUUCUUUGUCACCGAGAAAGGGAAACUCGAAGAUGUCCAGAAGGCUGAGUCUUGUUCUGAGUGGAAACUCUUCGAUAAACUGACAAAGGCUUGA